CAAUCAUCUAUAAAUUAAAGCACUGCACUGCUCCUCUUCCCUGCGAAUUGGAAAAGAACAAUACAACUACUCCUCAGUCUUUCGAUCUCAUAUUAAGUCUCAGCUCUCAAGUUAGCUCGAAAGGUGCUAUCAAGAUCUACUGUGAUCGAGCGAGGAAAGAACGUACAGCAGGAAUUUUGAAUAUUAAUGGAGAUGAUCUCAUCAGCAAAAUGGGUAUCUGAAUUGGAAAUGGAAGAUCCCACUUUCCUGAAUCAGUAUGAGAUGAACUCUCAUCUGGACUACUCAUUUGAAGAUCUCAAUUUCCAGUCUUUUUCUACUGAGAGCCACUCAUCUUACCCAGAUUUUACCCCUCAUCAAAAUGAUGUUGAUCAAAGGCCAGCAAAACAGCCCAAGAUUAACCACAGUAACUGGAACUCUUGCACUACCACUCAUGACCACAUAAUUACAGUCCCAAAGGCAUCCUCUUCUGCCUCCUCACACCUUAUUUCUUUCGACAAUUCCAACUCAUCAGAAUAUGGAUCUCUUGAUUGCACUACUGCUGUGAGGCCAAGAACUGAGGUCGUGGGUUCUGGUGGAAAAUUGAGUUCAAUUCCAACUUUGAUUUCAAAAGGUAAUUCCUAUGAUCCCCAAGCUUGUUCACCAAACCGUGCAUAUGGUCAAGGGGUCAAGAGAGCUGCUACUGUCACCAGAAGUCCCUUACAUGCUCAAGAUCAUGUUCUUGCUGAGCGAAAGCGCAGAGAAAAGCUCAGCCAGCGGUUCAUCGCUCUAUCAGCCCUAGUACCAGGUCUAAAGAAGAUGGACAAGGCCUCAGUGCUUGGAGAUGCCAUAAAAUAUGUGAAACAGAUGCAAGACCGUAUGAAGAUACUAGAGGAACAAGCGGCAAAGAAAAACGUGGAGUCGGUGGUGUUUGUGAAGAGAAUUCAAUACUCUGCAGACGAGGAUAUCUCCUCAUCCGAUGAGAACUUCGACAGCUGCUCCAGUCAACCACUUCCUGAAAUCGAAGCUAGGGUUUCGGACAAAGAGGUUCUCUUGAGAAUCCACUGUGAGAAAAAGAAAGGGUGUCUGGCUAACAUACUAAGGGAAAUAGAGAAGCUUGGUCUCACCAUUCUUAAUAGCGGCGUCUUACCGUUUGGCAAUUCAACUCUUGAUAUUACCGUCGUUUCUGAGAUGGAUAUCGAGUACAGCAUGACAGUGAAGGAGCUUGUAAAAACGCUAAGACAAGCUUUGCUCGAGUUGGUUUGACCUGUAGAAUAUAUGAUCUUGUUCCCUAGACAUCGGGUUUGCAAGAUGGAGAUUAUUGUAAAUUAGGAGAAUAAAUUCAUGUCAUGUAUGAUUAGUCUUUAACGAAGUUCUUUUCUUUUGGUUUUGAGGAAGGAAGGAAAGCCCUGUAUACAUCUCUCUCAUGCACGCACAGAUCGCUAUACUCUAUCAGCUAGCCAAGCGAUAUAUUGCCAUGGCGUGGCUUCUUGAUCAGUUCGCUGCGGGGAAUCGUGUAUAUGUUGGAGGAGGGUUUAUCCAUUUUUGCGUGGUUUACCGCGUUCAGUUACCCUCCUGCGAAAAUUAACUUAGCUGCAGCUUUUUCAUUUGAGGGAUUUUUUGAGGUUAUUGUGAAAACUUCCAUUGUAAUCACUUUGUUGUGCUGAUGAUUAGCUACUGUUGUUUCUUCAAGUUGUUGAAUAUUUAUCCAUUUCUCGGCU